UUAGAACCUAAUGUCUUUCUGGAGCUCAAUGAAAUAGUUGAACUUUCUAUCAUUUUGGAUUGCAUAAAGCUUGUUUUUUUUUUUUUUUUGGGUAAAGAUCGCAUAAAGCUGGGAUUAAGGCCUUGCCACAAUUUUGCAAGCAAGGGAACGUCUAAAAAGUAUCCGGCUUGAAACUGAGAGCUUUAGUUUUCAAAUGACCCUAAAAUAUCCCCACUCCAGAAAAACUAGUGUUACAAUUCAACAAACAGUCAAAUACCGGGAGAAGAGUCUUGAAACGGGAACAAGUACCAAGACUACUCUGUCCUGAUCUUUCCUCUGAUUCUCUAUUCUCUCAACCUCCAGAGGCCAGAGCUCUAUGGGGACACGAAGAACAUGAUGCUUCAAAGUUGGUCUGGCCUAUUGCUCUUUCCUUGUGCCUAUUUCGCUUUACGGGGUUCAUUUACAGGUUCAGCAGGUCAGAGACAUAGACAAGCUGGGUUUUAUGGGUCUGUUUCAAGAAGAGCUUGUGUUGAUAGAAGACUGGUACAUUUUCAGAUGAGACCGGUGGGAAUUGGUGGAGGGUUGUCACUUGCGACAAGAAAACCAAUCAUACCAAUCGCGGGGUCUAGUCAAAUGCAGUGCUUAUGUAAUAUGUGCUUCUGCUUUGAAUGCCAGAUGUGCUACAGCACUACAAACCAAAUCUGUUACACACCAGGCUCCAACAUUCACAAGUCUUCCUCGUAAGCAGGAGAACGAGCAUUUUGCAGUUCGGUGAUGGACCAAGAGAGAUGAUAUAUUGUUCUUUUAGAUGAAAGAAAAGUCUGUUGUAGAGUGUUUUAGAAUAAUUUGUAUUUAAAUAUUUAAAUAUAUAUUUUUUUAAAUGGAAUAUAUGUAGUCACCAAAGAUUGUAUUAGUGGUAGGAAGUAUCUGUGGGACCCAUAAUGACAGUCACCAAAAAGUUGAUAGUGGGUUCCUACUUCCUAGGGUAUUUGUCACGCCAGCAAGGGAAACUAUUAACAAUAAUGGUGGCUGGACCGUGUCUAUUGGUGUUAUACACCAAUGAUUGGUCCCCAAUGACCCAACUCACACCAUUUCUGAUGGUGUCUAAAAGGCCACAUUUGUGGCAGUGAAUGUAGUAUGGACAACUUUGUCAAGAUCAUAGAGCUGCACUUUGUCAAGAUUGGUGUACUACAGCUCACGUAACAAAAACGACGACUCAAGUGGUGGUUGGGGAUUCCUAGCUUGCAGCCUUAUCAUUAAAAUAUAGACAUUGCAAUUAAACAAUAUUGGGCUGCUACUAACGGUAUGAAGUUUAUAAAAUCUCAACCUCGAACUACUCCUGUAGAGCCUGGAUACAUCGAUCGCCUGACAAAGUUGGAGAGAUAUGGAGGUGACGCAAAUACUUCACAUGAACAACGGAGAUGACGAGACUAGUUAUGCCAAAAACUCUACAGUUCAG